GACACUCCUUCAAAAUGAGAGAAAUCCUCCACAUUCAAGCGGGUCAAUGCGGCAACCAAAUUGGAGGCAAGUUUUGGGAGGUUAUGUGUGAUGAACAUGGGAUAGAUGCCACUGGAAGCUAUGUAGGAAAUUCCCAUCUUCAACUUGAGAGGGUUAACGUGUACUACAAUGAAGCAAGUGGUGGACGCUAUGUUCCUAGAGCGGUGCUGAUGGACCUUGAACCAGGGACCAUGGACAGCUUGCGUUCUGGUCCUUAUGGGAAAAUCUUUAGGCCUGAUAACUUUGUGUUUGGGCAAAAUGGAGCUGGAAACAACUGGGCUAAAGGGCAUUACACUGAGGGUGCAGAGCUUAUCGAUUCUGUUCUUGAUGUUGUUCGCAAAGAAGCUGAGAAUUGUGAUUGCUUGCAAGGUUUCCAAAUUUGUCAUUCACUGGGAGGUGGAACUGGAUCUGGAAUGGGAACCCUGCUAAUCUCAAAGAUCAGAGAGGAAUAUCCUGAUAGGAUGAUGUUGACUUUCUCAGUGUUUCCAUCCCCUAAGGUCUCAGACACUGUUGUUGAACCCUAUAAUGCCACCCUCUCUGUUCAUCAACUCGUUGAGAAUGCAGACGAAUGCAUGGUACUUGACAAUGAGGCACUCUAUGAUAUCUGUUUCCGAACCCUCAAGCUCACAAAUCCAAGUUUUGGUGAUCUCAACCAUUUGAUCUCAACAACAAUGAGUGGAGUAACAUGUUGCCUUCGUUUUCCUGGUCAACUCAACUCUGAUCUUCGCAAGCUAGCGGUUAACCUUAUCCCUUUCCCACGCCUACAUUUCUUCAUGGUGGGUUUUGCUCCCUUAACAUCACGUGGCUCUCAACAAUACCGAGCCCUCACCAUUCCUGAGCUUACACAACAAAUGUGGGAUGCUAAAAACAUGAUGUGUGCCGCAGAUCCAAGACAUGGAAGGUACCUAACAGCCUCGGCCAUGUUCCGUGGCAAAAUGAGCACUAAGGAAGUGGAUGAACAGAUGAUAAAUGUGCAAAACAAAAACUCAUCCUAUUUUGUCGAAUGGAUACCACACAAUGUAAAAUCAAGUGUUUGUGAUAUCCCACCAACAGGGUUAUCCAUGUCCUCCACGUUCAUGGGGAAUUCUACUUCAAUCCAAGAGAUGUUUAGGCGUGUUUCGGAGCAAUUCACGGUCAUGUUUAAGAGAAAGGCUUUCCUGCAUUGGUACACUGGAGAGGGUAUGGAUGAGAUGGAGUUCACCGAGGCUGAGAGUAAUAUGAAUGACUUGGUUGCUGAGUAUCAACAGUAUCAAGAUGCAUCAGCAGUGGAAGACGAGUUUGAUGAAGAGGAAGAGGAUGAAUUCAAGGAUCCUUUGGAGUAUAUUUACAGGAUUAGACCUGAGGCUGAGCCUUAUGGAAUUUGUAGGAUUGUACCUCCUAAGAGUUGGAAACCCCCUUUUGCUUUGGAUCUGGACACUUUCACUUUCCCUACCAAAACGCAGGCAAUUCACAAGCUGCAGGCACGUCCUGCUGCAACUGACUCCAAGACUUUUGAGUUGGACUACUCUAGGUUUUUACAGGAUCAUUCUAGUAAGAAGUCCAAGAAAAAAGUUGUGUUCGAGGGGGAGGAGUUGGACUUGUGCAAGCUGUUCAAUGCCGUGAAGCGUUUUCGCGGUUAUGAUAAGGUUGUCGACGAGAAGAAAUGGGGGGAUGUUGCUCGGUUUGUGAGGUCGGCCGCCAAGAUUUCGGACUGUGCUAAGCAUGUGUUGUGUCAGUUGUACCGUGAGCAUUUGUAUGAUUACGAGAAUUACUAUAAUCGGAUGAAUCGGGGGAAAAUUAGGAGUUGUAAGAAAGGGGUGCAAGAGGACCGCAAGAGUGAUCACGGGGUACAAUCUUCGGCGGUGUCCAAGAGGCAUCAACGCGGUGUAGAUUGUUUGAAAGUUAAGGAUUGUAAAGUGCAGGAAGAAGAACAUGAUCAGAUUUGUGAGCAAUGCAAGAGUGGUUUGCAUGGGGAACUCAUGCUUUUGUGUGAUAGGUGUGAUAAGGGAUGGCAUAUUUAUUGUCUUUCCCCUCCACUGAAGCAAAUUCCUCCGGGAAAUUGGUAUUGUUUAAACUGCUUGAAUUCGGAUAGGGACAGCUUUGGUUUUGUGCCUGGGAAGCAUUAUUCGUUGGAAGCUUUUAGACGCAUUGCAGACCGGUCAAGGAAGAGAUGGUUUGGACCAGGAACUGUUUCAAGGGUGCAAAUAGAGAAAAGGUUUUGGGAGAUUGUAGAGGGAUCAGUUGGUGAGGUUGAGGUUAUGUAUGGAAAUGACUUGGAUACAUCAGUCUGUGGGAGUGGCUUCCCGCGUGUAACUGAUCAGAAACCACAAUCUAUCGAUGAAAAGUUAUGGCAAGAAUACUUAACUAACCCAUGGAAUCUUAAUAACUUGCCUAAGUUGAAAGGAUCAAUGCUUCGAGCAGUUCAUCAAAAUAUCACUGGUGUUAUGGUACCCUGGCUAUAUAUUGGGAUGCUAUUCUCAUCCUUUUGCUGGCAUUUUGAGGACCACUGCUUUUACUCGAUAAAUUAUCUACACUGGGGAGAGCCAAAGUGCUGGUACAGUGUUCCUGGUAGUCAAGCCAGUGCUUUUGAGAAGGUGAUGAGAAGCAGUCUUCCUGAUCUUUUUGAUACGCAGCCUGAUCUGCUUUUUCAGCUUGUUACUAUGUUAAACCCAUCUGUCUUGCAAGAAAAUGGAGUUCCUGUCUACAGUAUACUUCAGGAGCCUGGGAAUUUUGUUAUUACCUUCCCCAGAUCUUAUCAUGGAGGUUUCAAUCUUGGUUUAAAUUGUGCGGAGGCAGUCAAUUUUGCUCCUGCUGACUGGCUACCAUAUGGUGCAUUUGGAGCAGAUCUCUAUCAGCGGUAUCACAAAACUGCUGUCUUAUCUCAUGAGGAGCUUCUUUGUGUAGUAGCUCAGUAUGGUGAUGUUGAUAGCAGAGUGUCUUCUUAUUUGAAGAAGGAAUUGUUGAGAAUAUCGGAUAAAGAAAAAUCUUGUAGAGAGAAACUUUGGAAAAAUGGUAUAAUUAAAUCUUCUCGUUUGGCUCCUCGAAAAUGUCCUCAAUAUGUGGGAACUGAAGAGGAUCCAGCAUGCAUUAUUUGCCAGCAAUAUCUCUAUCUUUCUGCUGUUGGGUGCCGUUGCAGGCCAUCAUCUUUUGUGUGUCUGGAGCACUGGGAACACCUUUGUGAGUGCAAAACCGUAAAACUUCGUCUUCUCUAUCGUCAUUCACUUGCAGAAUUGUAUGACUUGGCAUUUUCUAUGGACAAAUAUACUUCUGAGGAUAAAGCUGAGUGUAGAAGUGUACGAAGGCAGUCUUCAUGUCUGAGUGCUUUGACCAAAAAGGUGAAAGGUGGCUCCAUUACUUUCGCUCAACUUGCUACAGAGUGGCUUCUGCAAUCUAAUACUAUUCUUAAGAAUGUUUUUCUGAGGGAUGCGUUUGUUACUGCACUAAGGAAAGCUGAACAAUUUCUUUGGGCUGGUUCUGAGAUGGAUUCUGUUCGGGAUAUGGCAAAGAAUUUGAUUGAAGCUCAGAAGUGGGCAGAAGGGAUAAGAGAUUGUGUAACUAAAAUUGAGUUAUGGUUGUGUCAUCAGGACUCAAGUGUAAAAAAAGUUCAUUUAGAAUUUGUCAAUGAGUUACUGAGAUUUAAUCCUGCACCAUGCAAUGAGCCUCGUUAUCAUAAAUUGAAGGAAUAUGCCGAAGAAGCAAGGUUGUUAAAUCAGGAGAUUGAUACUGCUUUAUCUGUGUGUUCAACGAUGUCUGAGUUGGAACUUUUAUACUCCAAAGCUUGUGGCUUACCCAUCCACAUGAAAGAGAGUAAGAAAUUAGAAGGGAAAAUUUCUUCAACUAAGGCAUGGCUGGAUAAUGUUAGAAAGUGCAUCUCAGUGAGACAUCCUACUGCAUCAGAGGUUGAUGUUCUUUACAAGUUAAAAUUGGAGAUUGUGGAUCUUCAAGUUCAACUCCCAGAGAUAGAUGUGCUUCAGAAUCUAUUAAGUCAAGCUGAAUCUUGUAGUACUCAAUGUCGUGAAAUGUUAGAAGGUCCUAUGAAUCUCAAGAAUGUUGGUUCGCUGCUUAAGGAAUGGGACUAUUUUACAGUUGAUGUACCAGAGUUGAAGCUUCUAAGGCAAUAUCAUUCGGAUGCUGUUUCAUGGGUUUCCCACUUUAAUGAUGUUUUAGGUAGAGUUCAUGCGCAGGAAGAACAACAUAAUGCAGUUGAUGAUUUGAAGAUCAUUUUUGAAAAAGGUUUAUCUUUGAAAAUUCAAGUUGAUGAGUUGCCAUUAGUUGAGAUUGAGCUGAAGAAGGCUAAUUGCCGGGAAAAGGCUUUGAAGGCACAUGAUACUAAGAUGCCUCUCGAAUUCAUUCAGCAACUGUUGAGUGAGGCCACUAUGCUACAAAUUGAGGGAGAGAAACAAUUCAUCAAAUUAUCUUAUGUGCUUGCUAUUGCCAUGCCUUGGGAGGAAAGGGCUAGAGAGAUUCUUUCACAUGAGGCUCCAAUUUCUGACUUUGAGGACAUGAUCAGAGCUUCGGAAAACAUAUUUGUUAUUCUUCCUUCACUUAAUGAUGUCAAGGAUGCAUUAUUGGAAGCUAAUUCCUGGUUAAGGAAUUCAAAGCCAUAUUUAGUCUCUUCUACUUGUGCUUCAAAUUCUCUGCGGAAAGUUGAGGAUUUGCAGAUGUUGGUUUCUCAAUCAAAGCAUCUUAAAAUAUCUUUGGAAGAAAGAAGGAUGCUUGAAUUAGUUUUGAAGAACUGCAAAAUAUGGGAGCAUGAAGCAUGUUCUGAACUAGAUGAUGCUAGGUGCCUCUUUGAAUUGGAUAACACUGGCCAUGGAAUAAGCAGCGGUUUAAUGUUUAAACUGGAAGAUUUGAUUGCAAGGAUCCAAUCUGCCAUAACAUCUGGUGUAUCACUUGGUUUUGACUUCAACGAGAUUUCAAAACUUCAAGCAUCUUGUUAUACACUGCAAUGGUGCCAAAGAGCCUUAUCUUUCUGCAAUCAUUAUCCUUCUUUAGAGGAUGUUUUGGAGGUUGCAGAAGGUCUUUCUCAUUCCUUUGCUUCUGGUGCUCUGGUGAAAGUAUUAGUUGAUGGAGUUGGAUGGCUUAGGAGAGCAUUAGAUGGGAUUUCUGGACCUCGCAGUUCUAGAAGAUACGAGUUGACUUAUGUUCAAGAUAUUCUUGCUGAUUAUCAGACUAUUAAUAUGACCUUUGCAGCAGUAUAUCGUCAACUUGAAGAAGCCAUUGGAAAACAUGAGUUGUGGCAAGAGCAAGUACAUGAGUUUUUUGGAAGUUCUGAGAAACAAUCUUGGUCAUCAACAUUGCAGCUCAAGGAGCUUGGAGAUACCAUUGCCUUUAGUUGCCCAGAACUGGAUUUAAUUUCAUCUGAAAUUAAGAAGGUGGAAAAUUGGAAGAAAAGAUGCAUGGAUAACAUAGGAACUUUAGUUCAAAAUGAGAAAUCGCUGCUUCAUGCGCUGGAGAAGAUAAAACAAACUGUAGAUAGAUCGUUCUUCAUAUAUGGCAAGUUGCAAGAUUGGAAGGAACAAAACAUAUGCAUCUGCUGCUUUAUUGAUUCUGAAGAUCAGGAAUUUGUUACUUGUUCCACUUGUAUGGAGUGCUAUCAUUUGCGGUGCAUUGGACUAACAGCAAAAGAUACAUGCCUAGAAAACUAUAAGUGCCCUUAUUGUGAAAUUUUGAAAAGUGAAUCCCAUUAUCGGAAUGGAGGUGCCCUUCUGAGGUUGGGGAAGAAUCACGUUGAAUUGAAAGUUCUCAUCGAACUUCAGUCUGAUGCUGAACAUUUCUGUUCAUGGUGCUGGAUUGAUGAAAGAGAUGUUUUGAACCAACUUGUAGAGAAAGCUCUGGCAUGCAAAUCUUGCUUGAGAGAAAUAGUGAACCUUGCAUCAGCUAAUGUUGGCGAAGAUAUUAGCAUCAUAUCUGAAAAAUUGAUCAUUGCUAUCAAGGCUAGCAAAGUGGCUGGUGUCUAUGAUCGAUAUGAUAAUUGUGACCUCGAGCUUGCUUUAGCAAAAAACUUGUGGAAAAUUCAAGUCAAUAGAUUGUUAAAUGGUGUACGAAAGCCCACUAUCCAACAGAUUCAGAAGCAUCUGAAAGAGGGACCAGCUAUGGAAAUAUCUCCUGAAGAUCACCAUAUGUUGAAACUUACAAAUGUGAAUUGCUUGUGUCUGCAGUGGGUAGAACUAGCCAAAAAGGUAGCAAUUGAUUCUGGGGCACUCAGCCUAAACAAAGUUUUUGAACUUGUAGUGGAAGGUGAAAACUUGUCAGUUGAUGUGAAUGAGGAACUCAAGAUAUUAAGAGCUCGAUGCAUGCUUUAUUGCAUUUGUCGAAAGCCGUUUGAUCCAAGGAGGAUGAUUGCAUGUUAUCAUUGUAAUGAGUGGUAUCACUUCGAUUGCAUGAAAUUACCAAGCGCACGAGAGGUCUACAUUUGUCCUGCAUGUAACCCGCAUACAGUAGAAUUGCCUACAAAUCAUGACAGAUUAAGUAAUAGUAAAUUUGAGGAGCCUAAAACCCCAUCUCCCAGGCAUACAAACCCUAGAAAGAAACAGAAGAGAGAUGUGCCUAGUCUCACUUGCAAGAUGUUUGCAACCAGGAAUCAAGAUAAUGGUAAUUUUAGGUGUUCGAGUGGGAUAGAAUGUCUAAGGUGGCAAAAUCGAAAGCCUUUCAGAAGAGCAGCUAAGAAACGUGUUGAGCUUCGAAGUCUUUCUCCAUUUCUAUGCAGACAACAAUAACCAUGCAUAGUAGAUAGUCAUUGGUCAUUCAAUUGAUUCAAUUGAUUCUUAUGAUCGGCUUCUCAGUCAUUUUUAAUCCAUCUUAAUGUCAAAUUAUCAUUUUUAAUUCCUUGUUAUUGGUAGUUAUUUAUUUGCAUGUCA